CUCGCCCGUCACGUGACACAAACACGGCGACCGCUGUUAUUCUCCCCCCACCCAACCACCCACCACCACCACCUCAUGGCUCCGACGGCUGGCGCUCUGAGCGGGACUCUGCUGGGAUGGCUCAUAUUCGCCAUCGUUCUGCUGGCGAUCCUGGCCUUCGCGUGGUUCUACGUGCGCUGCUACCAGAGCCGGCACGACAGCGAGGCGAGCUCCACAGUGACGGCCAUCCUGGCCGUCGCCGUCGCCCUCUCCGCCGCCGCACUGCUGGUCGUCGACAUCUUCCUCGUCUCCUUCGCGAAGCUUCCCAACGGCACCUACAAGGAAUGGGCUAUGGACAAUGCUACAAGGAUGCAUGUUGAAAACACAGUCCUUUACGGCUAUUACACGCUGUAUUCCCUCGUUCUCCUCUUCGUUUUCUUUUGGAUUCCAUUUGUCUACUUCUAUUACGAAGAAAAGGGCCUGGAAGAAUUUGAUUCUACACGCUCGCGGCUCUGCACUGCCUUCAAGUACACCAUUGGCUUUGUCGUCGUGUGUGGAGUGCUGCUUCUGAUUGGGGCCUUCGUGCCUCUCGAGCCACCCACUGACACCAACUCGACGGAAUGGGAAAAGUUGGAGUAUCUGUUUCAGGAGCUCGGCAGUGGACAUGGUGUGGACGCGUUGGCCUUUUCCAUAAGCACCUUGACGCUGGCCGGAAUGCUGUGCCUCAUCAUCUACACGGCGUAUGGCAUGUCGGCGCUGCCCGUGAACCUCAUUAAAGGGAAGAAAAAUGCAGGGUACGAGCUCCUGCAAAACGCCGACGUCAUCGAUGAGGUGGAGCAGCAAAUUGAAAGCAUCCGAGCUAAGUGCGCGAACGGGCGCCCGCUGGCCACGCGCGACCGCCGGGCACUGCUCACCCUGGAGGAGCGGCUGCGCGACCUCCGUCGCCACGAGCGGCGCCUCGACUCGGCCGCCACGGGCUGCUGCGCCAAGGUCGGCUGCGCCCUGAGGCCCUUGCAGAUCGUCUUGGGAGUUGCGCUUUCCCUCGUCGCCCUCCUCAUCAUCGUGACUUUGUUCCUGUCAAGCCUGGAUCGAGCAAUGCACUCCCUGGGCUUUUCAACUGGAUUCCUGCUGCUGAACGUGACCCUUCCUAACCCCAUCAACCUGGCCCUCGUCUACCUCCAGCCGGUUUUCCCUUUGGACUAUAUCCUGAUGGCCAUCAUUACCAUGUACUUUGUGGUGACCUCUAUGGCUGGCAUACGCAACAUGGGAAUAUGGUUCUUCUGGAUGAAGCUGUAUAAUAUCCGGACUGGGAGGACGCGGCCCCAGGCACUUCUCUUCCUCUGCCUCAUUCUCAUGCUCAUCGUGAUGCAUGUCAACUACGUGAUAUACAGCCUAGCACCGGACUAUGUCAUGUACGGCAAUCAGAAGUACCUGGCCAAUAAGACCACUCUUGAUCCGUCAACUAAAGUGGGAAACACGACAUGGAUUCUAAUGCCUUGCGACGCAAAGGCUCCGAUCGAUGAUUGCACCGUGACACGCAUGUACCUGUUCCUGCACAAGUUUUGGUUCUUCAGCUCCGUGUACUACAUCGGCAACUGGGCCUUCAUGGUGGUGUUUGUCCUGGGGACGGUUGUCUCGUGCUUUAGGGGGCGGCGCUCCUCGGUGGACGCGGACACGGAUGCGUACUUGAGCGAGGACAGCGAGGACGAGCUCGUCCGCGUGUGACGCUCAGCGUGCGGACAUCGGACACCGGCUCAUUCCCGCGACUCUCAACGCUGCGCUGAACGAAAGGGGAAAGCGAAUGCUUGCAUAUAUCUGCGGUGCACGCCUGAUCACGUGCACGCCUGAUCACGUGCACGCUCAGGAAAUAGAGACCCGAUAAGCACGUGUUUUGAGCGUCGUUACCGUUUGCCGUUUUAUUUCUAGAGUGUAGGGUUGACGCUACGUAGGUGAAGUCGUCUGGGUUCAAACCCAGGCGGCGUUAAGGUUCUCGUGUGCGGCGAGCCUGAUCACCAAUGACUGCACAGAGAACAAACAAAAAAAAAUCACAUUUAAUUUUGUGUCACUUCAUUUGGCAAAAAAUGUCAGCUCUUCGACUUAAGUUUUUGGUUUCACUUGCAGCAAAUAUUCUUUGCAGGGCAUAUAAAUGGUGCAAUCGUAGUUUGUAUAAAUAGGCCUUGAGUAACUUCUGCGGUGGUUUGCUGACAAAGGGUCGUGCACUGGAUGGAAUUUCUCAUGAUGUGUGUAACCGAAACAACUCGGCACCUUUACCACGAACAGUACAGAAAUAUGGGCACUCUUGAAAAUGGGCCAUUUUUCCCGUGUUAACUUUCUAAACAUGUUAUUUUGCUGAAAUGCAGUAUUGAUUUGCAGUGGUAAUUUUUUUUCGCUUGUGCUUUUCCUCCACGGAAAAAUGUCCGAUACGCUUACAUUUUUACUGUAAAUUUGUUUCCGUGGAAUUGACCCUAUUACGAUCUGACAAUUAGCAUUGUGUAGCCGUAUUGAUAUUGGUUGAACUGGGCGCAACUCACUUCAUGACAUCUGGCAAAGUCUCAACAGUUCAAGAUUGAGCUGUUAAGCAGAUGCUGCUCGCAAACAUUAAUCUUGACGGUGCCCAUGCCAGCGAUUCCUGUUAUUGUCCUUAAAUGAUCCACACAAAUACUCUCGUGUGUAUACCAAGAUGAAAGUAAAAAUAUUUGGAUGAGAUUUUCUUUUUUUUUCUUUUUCCAGACAGAAUAUUUUUUUAUCAACACUUAAAAUUGCAAGUGUAGAGGGUGAAGCAUAUCUCCUCCAUGAGCAGAGUGGAGUGUAAAAAUAAAAUCCCCCACAUUUAUAUGCUGUAGCCCAGUCUUUUUAUUUUCCAGACUGUGGUGGCUGAAUCCACCGUGGCUAGGAUUUGAACUCGAAACUCACGACUGGGUGCCCUGUUGCACAACACAUUGAGCUAUAUGCUGGCUCUAAUCGAUCAUGUAGGUUAAUUUACCGAACUAGUUUUGUGUUUGUGAUUUCAUUGCUUACAAACAAAGCCAUUUGUUUUAAGUCUCUUAAUGAUUGGAAUUGUAUAAUAAUACCCUCUGUUGCAUAGAUUAUCACGUUAAUAAUAUUUUACAGAUUACUGUGAAAUAAAAAAAAUAACAACUCAUUUUCAUCACUGUUUUAGCCAUUAGGACUUCAUAAGAACUGGGCUGACAUUUAACUUUUUUUUCAAUCAGAUUUUUUAUCACAAUCAUAUUUUCCAUUAAAAAGUAACAAAAAUUGAACUUUUCUCUCUAUUGAAAAUUCAUGAAAUUUUGUUAAAUAAAUAUAAGGCUUCUCUUUGUAUUUAGAAAUCCAUAUAAGACAUUUAAAUUCACCAACUCUUGAAAGGCUAAGGACAAAGACUUGCAUUUUUUGGUUGCAGGCAGCAUCUGAACUUUGCCCUUCCAUGUUUACGUGAUAUUUGCUGUGAUGCUCUUUCAAAACGGUACGCUUUCGUUUUUUGUUAUGCAUUUGGAAUAGAAUGUUGCAGCACGGUGCUGGGAUGUAAUCAGGAGAGGAAGCUGUGAUGAGUGCCACUCGUUUGCUGGGUGAAGGAGGGGAGUUACCGAGACGUGCACUGGGAGUGGCACCCAGGAGGUCAGCGACCAUGGGCAAGAUGAAAACCCAGAUGAUGAUGAGACACUGUAAGAACGGAUCUUGGCGAUCGGAUGUUGACUGGAAUGGCUCCGGGAUCCAGCCGAGAGGGAGAGGCAUUUGGCAAAGUUUGGUGGCAACAUAGACAUUACCCAUAAUGCCCUCUGACCGUGACCUGAUGACGGGCUUUUUGUUUACAUGUUCUUCUAUCUGUAAAACCCAGGAAUUUGUAUCGGUAAUGUACAUGAUUUCUAAGGGAGCCCUAGAAAUUGGCAACAAACUAUUUAAAACAAUGCACGAAAGCAUGUUUGGGGGAAAUGGAACCUACUUUGAGAAGAGCUGCAUGGGGGAGAGGUAAUAGUGUGGCUCUAUCUCCUGCAGAAAAAAAAAAUCAUUUGUAGGACUAUUGCAUGGUAAAAUGUUAGUCUUGGGAACUGAUUUAUGCUUAAUGUUAUAUCUUGAUGAAUCACGCAUGAUUAGACAGUGCGAUGCGUGCAUAGCUUUUUAUGCUCGAUUCCGUCCAGACUUGUUAAUGGGCAAGCAGGUGAAUGUGCACUAAAAUUCAGCUCGUUACGCCGUGCGUCAGUUUUAACGGCGCUUUGUGAUGUUUUCUUCAGCCUCGGUCUCUGCACCGACGCCCACUCACUCUUCGCCGGUUACAUUUGCAGAUAAACGAACGUGGAGGCGCGUAAAAGCUGCACGCUUCAGGACAUUCUCGCGAUUGAUGCCCCGAGCUGAAUUAGAUGUCCUUACCAUCAGGCCGUUCACGUCAAUGUGGAAUAAUGCAAUUGCAACAUUUUCACCAGCGAGAUAGAGGUGUGUGCACAGUGGGGUGCAGUGUAUUCAUUCCGACUGGGUUGUUGCGUGUUAAACUGACUGGGUGCCAAUUUAAAGUAACACAGAACAAGACACUCUUCGGUGGGAAUCGUGAGCACCUGUGGACGUACAGUGGUCCACUUGCGAAUGCUAUAGCAACGCCAACAAUAAAAUGGAGAAAAAAACAUAUCAGCAGGUGUGACCGUAACAUUGUCGGUGGGGAAAAAUGACGGCAAUUUGAAAAUGCUAGCCAUUUCAUGGCAGAAUAUGGUGAGCAACUUAGAAGUUCAGAAGCGAGCACGGAGCGAAAGUAUUUUUCAGAUGUCGUCAGGUAGAGGAGAUUUGCCAUGAUUGAGGCAGUUGACAGAGGACAAGGGAGGUCAGGUCACCCAUGCAGGUAUUGAAGUGGCAUCCAACCGAGGGGAAGGCCGCAGACAGAUGGUGCGAUUUUUGCACGAACGCCCCUUGGAGGUUUGCAUCAUGGCAAUUGUCGAGUUGAUUCCUCUUGGGAGAGAGAGCAGCGGCGUCGAUGGCACACGCCGUAGAUGUCCUCUUGGCCUUGAACGUUUUACCAGUCGUGGGAUUUUGUUUUUCAAACCGCGUUCUGUUAUGCAGGGUGCGUCAAAAAAAUGUUAACAAUUCGGAGAAUUUGCAACAGUACACGACAGUCCCAUGUAAGUGUUAACAUUUUUUUAGGCGCCCUGUAUUGCAAUGGCUGGAUAUUCGCGGGUAUCUUCACUUCAGACGGUGGUUGUGAACUGGUGUCUCGGUGAUUAAGUGGACACGGUGUGCAUAUUCGGUGCAUCAAUUUCCGAGUUUGCUGAGGUUUGUGCUUUAAUAUCACUCAUCCAAUGUGUUGCUAAUUUAUGAAAAAUCUACACUUCAUAUUAUCACUCUGGAUUAUCGGUCGAGAUAGUCAAAAGCUGCCUCAAUUACAAUACACGUAUAUCAUGUUCAUAAUUUCACACUUCAUUAUUGCUCUAAAUAAAAAAAUAUAUCGUCUAUUGAUUAUGCUCGUUUCACUUCACAGCAAAAUGUGAGGCGCUGUGUGCCAGAGCGGUGCAUACAAUUGAACGCAAGCAAUGUUGUUGAGAUAACUGUCUGCGAAUACUGUAACGAGAACGGGCAUUGUUGCUUAAAUGAUGUGUGUGUGUGUAUACUGUAUAAUAUAAGGAUUUACAUUAAUUGCUCAGUCCUCAUCACAUCCAGUGCAUCUGGUUAUUGUAUCAGUAAUGAAACGUGUGUAAGAUGUGCCAUUCUGGAAUAAAGGAAAUGAGGGAAUGUAGGAAGCUGGGCCAGUGGUGGCCAUGUCUGUGGCCUGUGAUUCAACACUGAAGGCAGCGAGGGGUUGGUGCAUCGCACACAGAUGUCUUAAAACUCCUUUCCCGUGGGUGUCGAGGUCCCCAUACCCUGGCGAGCCAGGAGAAGGCGGUACAGCAAGUAAUAAUCGCCAUCUGUUUCCAUCUGUGCGGGGGAUAUAGCGUUGCCCCCUUGCAUGCGUGAGGUUUCUCCGCGUGCUCCAGUUUCCUUCCACGUGUAUAAUGAACAGUCAAGAAUUGUCUAAAAAACGUCUUAAAAUAAAAACUCAAUCCAGGACCCUCCUGAAAAAGAGUUAUACGACUCAGUGUGGCUUUCCGUGAUAAAUAAGUACAUUUCCAAAUUAUAAUGAGGAAGUCCUGCAGUGUGUGAUUAGGAAUUAACAAGAAAAUGUUUUCAUUCAGCCUAAUAUUUUACUUUUUAGUAGCUAGUUAUUUAAUGUUGAACGUAGUGGAGCUGUAGUAUAACACGACAAAACGUACUUUCAAAUAUCAAAUAGCAUCAGCGUGUUUGGCCACACAUUAACUUUCUAAAAGUGCCAUUUGAUUGCAUUGGGGGUGGUGGCUCAUUUACACGGCCAUUGAAAGCCACUCUUCAUGAACUGUUGCUGAAACGUUCCUCAAAUGACCAGAUGUGCGAUCUUAAUGUUGCGUUGGUUAAUUCGAUUAGAACGUUCCCUAACUUUGCUUUCUUAAUCAUUUGCGGAAAACAACGGAAAAGCGCAAAUUUUCUAAAAAAAACAGACAGUUUCGAAACAUCUUCCAAGAGCAUGCGGAUAGCUCCAUUUAAAUGCCUCUAAUCAAAUAUGGCAUGUCACCGACGCGUCUGAAAGUAAGGUCUGUGUUCAAAUGAUUCUGUGUUCACCAACGUCAUUUGUGCACACAGAUGGCUUUUAUUUCAGUUGUCCUUUUCACGUCAAAGAAACUGACUGAAAAUAUAACCCCAAAAAACGGGGUAAAUUUUUUUCGGAAAAAUUUCAUGUUUAAACCUGGUUUCACAUUAACUAUUUGGUCACGUCGGUGUUAUGUGCUUUCUAGUGCAAGGGGGCUGAUGUUUCAAAUUUGCCUUUCAGUGUUUCUUGCGUGCACAUUUUGGCUCGUGUGUAUCGACAGACCACUCAAGUCAAGCGAUUUCCAGAUGCCGAACAAUAUCUCGCUAAUGCUGCUUAGGAGAUUGCUACUCGUCUGUGUACAUCCAUGACUGUUAUGCGCAUAAAACCUUACGGGAACACACUUGAAA